CAGUGCUGGUGUUUCUACGGUUGCUGGACGCGGCGGAGAGCAGCGGGAUAGAAAUCUGUAAAGAUGGCCUCAGCAACAGCAACUUACGGGCAGAAAGAGUCUUCGGACCAAAACUUCGACUAUAUGUUCAAGAUCCUCAUCAUUGGCAACAGCAGCGUGGGCAAAACCUCCUUCUUGUUCCGCUACGCUGACGACUCCUUCACGCCAGCCUUUGUCAGUACUGUGGGUAUCGACUUCAAGGUGAAGACCAUCUACAGGAAUGACAAGAGGAUCAAAUUACAGAUCUGGGACACAGCAGGUCAGGAGCGUUACCGCACCAUCACCACAGCCUACUACAGAGGAGCCAUGGGUUUCAUCCUCAUGUACGACAUCACCAACGAGGAGUCCUUCAACGCCGUCCAGGACUGGUCGACUCAGAUCAAGACGUACUCGUGGGACAACGCCCAGGUGCUGCUGGUAGGAAACAAGUGUGACAUGGAUGACGAGCGAGUGGUGAGUGGAGAGAGAGGCCGGCAGCUGUCUGAACACCUCGGUUUUGAGUUCUUCGAGGCCAGCGCCAAGGACAACAUCAACGUGAAGCAGACCUUUGAGCGCCUGGUCGACAUCAUCUGUGAAAAGAUGUCCGAGAGCCUGGACGCCGGAGAUCCCGCCGUCACAGGGGCCAAACAGGGGCCCCAGCUGACAGAGCAGCCUGCUCCUCCUCACCAGGACUGUGCAUGUUAAAGCUGACUAUUCCCCUAAAUGCUUCUCCUCUCUCCUCCUCCUCCCAUAUUCACUCACUUUCCAGCUUCUUUCUGUAACCUAGUAAGGAUCAUUGAUUAAGAACCAGGUGGAAAAGUAUCUGAAAUGCUCUGAGGUGUUUGUGGAGCACUGCUUUCGAUGUGUUUGGUUGUGGUUCUUCCUCAGAGGGGAGCUUUUAUAAAUAACGGUGGGUGCUGGUCUGACGCCAAAGCAAGUACAAUCAAACCGAUAGUGUUUCAGAUUCUUUGCCGCCGGGGUUCUUGAAAGUUCCCGACGCUUCUUCUGUUGUCUCCCUGUUCCUCAGUGUGGUUUUACAAGAAGGAUUUGAGGGCGUCCAUCCUCAGAGUGCCAUUUAAAUCCUUCCGAUGUUUACAGUGCUGUUCAAUGUCAAUGUCAGAUGUCUUGGAAAAGAUGUCAGCCUCCGAUACGGUGGCCAAGGCGGCCACAGUGGCGUCAAUGAGGGAGCGGUGAGCCAGCGGAAAUCUGCUCCGCACUGAUGUGUUAACAUUUCCUCUGGAUACAUGGAGAAUCAAACAGAACCUGUGUUUAACUCGUUGUCUCACGUGGUAUCUAAACAUGGAUAUUAUAUGCAUUAGCAAGUGUUUUGUUCCAUUAUUCCAUCUGAGCAUUUUCAUUUGGCCUUUGUUUUUUUAUGUUUUUACAUUUCUUUUUUUUUUUUGUAUUCUCGAGCCCCGUUUAUUCUUUUCGUACAUUAAACACUGGGUGGGGAAAAUAUGAACAAGAUAGAGUUAGUUAAGAAAAAAAUAGCAAAAAAAUAAGAGACACAUUUUAUUUAAUUAUAUUUAUUUCAAAUGUACAUAUAAAUGUUGUGCAAUAUAUAUAAUAUCUACAGGUAUGCAUUUCUGGAAAUGAAUUUUAAAAGGAAUGAAGUUCUAUGAGAAUCGUAUCAAACAUAAGAGGUCUGUGUUGUAGGGUUUGUUUGGAUGAUAUGUGGCAGCUCCUCAGUGAGUCGUUUCUUUUCGCCGUCGGUUUGCUCUUCAGCUGCUUUCCGGAGAGGUUGUAAAGUCAGAAAUUCAAACUUCCUGCUAUGAAAAAAAUGCAGUGGAAUGGAGCCUUUGAGUCUGAAGUACAGAGUUGUGUUUAGCAUCCUCCAAAUCCACUCAGUGUGAUCUCCAACGCUGCUGUUUUACUUCAAAUAAAAGAUGGUGCUUGCUUGAGAAACUUAAAGUUGUAUUUUGUUGUGUUGAGCCAAAAAGUGACUGUCGUAAAGUUGACAUCAGAACAUUUUCAGAAUAAUCAAACCAUCUGAGUCAUCUUGGUUUGGCAGUAACAUUACAAAUAGGUUGGCCAGUAUGUUCCUGCUUUUGCCUCAAAAUGUUUCUGCUUUUGGGCGGCACGGUGGUGCAGUGGUUAGCACUGUCGCCUCAUAGCAAGAGGGUUCCAGGUUC